AUGAUUCAAUCAAAAUAGUCAAAAUAAAAGUUCAAUAUUGAAGAUUGUUCUGAAUCUGAAUAAGAAGAAACUUAAAGAAAAUCUUUGAAUGCUUAAUCUUAGUCAUUAUUUUAAACAUCUUUAUUUAGUGCAUUAGACUCUUAAGCUAAACAAAUUAAAAAGAAACCAAUAGUUAAAAAAUCUAUGACUGAAUUCCUUAAUAAUUAUGAUUAAAAUUUUGAUGAUGUUUUUGGAAGUAUGAAUAUACCCAUGGAUAUUAAUGAAAAUCAUUAAGAAAGUAAAAAGAAUUAACAUAAUAAUAAUAAUAAAGAUAAUAAUAAUAAUAAUGGAUAAAAAAGUAAUAAAAAGUAAUAAAAAAAGAGACCAAUUGAAAGUGUUAAUUCAGAAUUAGAUUCUAAUUCUAAUUCAGAUUUUGAGACUACUAUUAAAAAGUAAUCAACAAAAUCAAAUAGAAAUGGGAAAAGGAAGUAAUCAAAAAGAAUUGUAGAUUCAGAACAAUCAGAUGAAUAUAAGGAUAUGGAAUAAGUUUAAUAAAUGUAAUAGAUUGAAAAUAAAAUAAAAAAAUAGAGUUAACAAAAAAAAUAAACAAAAUUAAAUAAUAAAUAAUCAUCUGAAGAAUAAUCUAGUGAAAAUAAAAAGUAUAACCCAAAUUCAUUAGAUUUACCAUAAGAUAGUAAAAAGGAUAAGAAAGGAUAAAAAUUGAAAACAGCAAUUUUUAAUUUUGGUGAAGAAGAAACAUAAACAAAAAAGUAAACAAAAUAAAUUAAGAAAAUUAAUAAAGAUUAAAAAUAAGAUACAGAUAAAAAAUAGAAUCCAAAAACUAAAAAUAAGAGAGAGAUUGAAUAAGAUGAUGAUGAUGAUUCUGAUAAGAUUGAAUAAUUAAUUAAGGAAUAUUAAAAAUAAGAACAAGAAUUACAAAAUAAUCUUAUAAUUAAAAAAGGUAAAUAAUAAAAAGAGAAUGUACCAAGAUAAUAGAAAGUAGAGAGUAAGGAUAAAAAUAUAGUUUUCAAUAAAGACAGUAUAAAAAUGAAUUCAAUGAUUCCAAAAUCAAAUAAAGAUGAUGAUGAAGAUAAUAUAAAGGAUAAAUGA